CUACAUCUACAACUCAGCUACACUCAACUGACGAAGAAUGGCCCGAACGAAGCAGACUGCACGAAAGAGUACCGGAGGAAAGGCACCCAGGAAGCAACUGGCUACCAAGGCUGCAAGGAAGAGCGCACCUUCCACCGGCGGUGUGAAGAAGCCUCACCGAUACAGACCAGGAACCGUUGCCCUGAGGGAGAUCAGGAGAUACCAGAAGUCCACUGAGCUGUUGAUCCGAAAGCUGCCCUUCCAGCGACUGGUCAGAGAAAUCGCCCAGGACUUCAAGACUGACUUGCGGUUCCAGAGCACUGCCAUCAUGGCUCUGCAGGAAGCCAGCGAGAGCUACUUGGUCAGCCUGUUCGAGGACACCAACUUGUGCGCGAUCCACGCCAAGAGAGUCACGAUCAUGCCCAAGGACAUCCAGUUGGCUCGACGAAUCCGAGGAGAGCGAGCUUAAGCUCAAGGUGUACUCCACA